AUGGUCGAGUCUUCUAUUCCUUCUCGCUCUCCCUCACCUAGGCAGCUGUUCCCACGAAGUCGCUCGGCCCCUGAACCCAGAUCAAUCCUACGCCCCACCGAUCCCGAAGUGCGACCAGGGAGCAUGGCUUCGGCUCUCGACACCUUCAUCUCCUACCUGAAAGUGCCGAUUCUAGCGUCCUCUGGUGUCGCCGCGCUGCUCAGCGGUCUCCUUUACUUCAAACAAAAUGAGAUCAUAUACCCCCGAGCCUUCCCUCCUGACGCCCGCACCAACGUCCCCAGACCUUCCCAGUUCGCCAUAACCGACUAUGAGGAGCUGUUCAUCCCCACACCCGAUGGCGAAUCUCUGAGCGCCUUCUUCAUCCGAGCCAACAAGCAGCAUGCGCGCAACGUAACGGUCCUCAUGUUCCACGGCAACGCUGGCAACAUUGGCUACCGACUCCCCAUCGCAAAGAUACUCGAGAACGAACUUCGGUGUAAUGUGUUGAUGCUGCAAUACCGCGGCUACGGUCUAUCCUCUGGCAAUCCCAACGAAAAGGGGCUCAUGAUCGAUGCGCAGACUGGCUUGGAUUACAUCCGGCAGAGACACGAACUUCGGGACACCAAGAUUGUCGUCUACGGCCAAAGUAUUGGCGGUGCAGUUGCCGUCGGAUUGGCUGCUCGUAACCAGAGAGAAGGUGACAUCUCCGGCAUCAUCCUGGAGAACACCUUUACUUCGAUCAAGAAACUCAUACCGACUGCCUUCCCUCCCGCCCGCUUCCUGACUCCGCUCUGCCACCAGAUUUGGCCGACUGAAGAGACACUUCCCAAGAUUUCCAAGAUACCUAUCCUGUUUCUCAGCGGUCUCAAGGAUGAAAUCAUCCCACCUUCGCACAUGACCAAGUUGUUCGACGUCUGCAAAGCGCCUAAAGUCUGGAAGGAGCUACCCAACGGAAGCCACAACGACACCGUCGCAGAGCCGCGAUACUUUCAAUACAUCGAAGAGUUCCUCAGCGAAUUUGUAGCCCGUUGA